AUGUCGUCCUUCAAGGCAGAGAAUAUCAUCCGUGACAAGUUGGAUUCGGCGGAGUUGUCGCUGUCUGGCAUGCGCUUGACUUCGCUCGACGCGUUGGUGCCUCUCCUAGCGAAGAUGCCGCACUUGCGUUGCCUGAACGUGUCACACAAUGAGCUCCAUGACCUCCCAAUGGACCUGUCGGCCCUGGCCAAGCUGGAAACACUCGACCUCAGUUCCAACCCUCUUGAGGGUGUUCGCCCCAUUCUGCACGGUCUGCAGUCGCUGCCACGCCUCUCUUCCCUCUCCGUGAGUUUUCCAGCACCGGCGGAGGAGACGGAGGAGCAGCUGGUCAUGGAGCUUCCCAACCUUACCUGCUUGAACGGCAUCACCCUGGUGGAUCCGACAGAGGGGGAGGACGAGGAGGCCGGUGCUGCCAACCGUGACAUCGCUGCGGCCGCAAGGACGGCGCUGGUGGACAACGCGUACUGGACAACGACGGACUCGGCAGGGAUCGAAAGCCUCUUCGCCGAUGUCAGCCGCCAAGACGCCUUCACGACACAGGAGUUUUUUGAUUACAUGAACCGCGUCGUGCAGCACGUCUCGUGCUUGACGGCGGCGGAGGAGGACGCAUUCGCGCAGGAGGGCGAAGUGCUCAAAGCGCGGCGCCUCCUCUACGAGUUCUGCUUUGGCGAUGUCAUCCGGCACGCCUUUAAGGAUGGCCACGACGUUCUCGGCCGACAGCUGCAGGCGUUGCAGCGCUACGAGUCGGCAAUGAUGGAUCAGUACGACACGCACUGGCGCCGCAUACUGCGAGAUCGUAAUAGCAGACUGGCGCGCACGAAGCGGGACGUGCAGGACGCCAUGGAGGACAUCCGGUCUCUCGUCCAGCGUGUUCCUGAAGAAGAGGCGCAUGGGUCUCUGCGUGAGGUGGAGGACUUGGGGCGCGGAAGGGAGGAGGCGCCGUGUGGCGGUCGUGCGAGUGCCAGCGCGUCGCAUGGAGCAACUCCAUUGGCGAGCACGAGAAACACCACCCACAUGGACGUGAGCCGUCUAGGCGUCUCCCCGCAGCCACUGCCGCCGGCUGGGUUCACGCAGCUCUCACAGCGGCUGUCCUCGGAGCCGAAGGCGCGGAGGCCGACCUUCACGAAGGUGCUCUCUCUGAAGCAGCUGAAAGAAAUUAUCGAAGACAUCUACACCUCUAAAGUCAAGUACGACGGCAAGUGCAAGCAGAACCAGCUGCCGCGCGAGACAAUGGAGCAGCACAUGUACACCUACCUGAACCAGAAGUAUGGACUGAGGGAAAUUAUUUUAGAGUGGGCCACCGCCAUUGUGGAGGCCGUGCGACGCUACGCGCCGGAGGAUAACGACGUUGCCGUGUUUGGCAAAGUGUUGCGCAACGAGGUCGAUGAGGAGUUCCGCUUUGUCCAGCAGCACGUGCGUGAGGCGGUGAAGGAGCUCUUGCACAUGCACAUCAGGGCGAAGCGGCCGCACGACGGUGUGAUGGAGCUGAACCGAGCACUCCAGAAGUUAAUGAACGGCCCGGUUGCCGAGGACGCGUGGAAGGAAGUGGUCAACUACAUGUACAAUGCAGACGACACUGCCCUCAUCACGAGCAUUAUCCAUCAGUAUCUCUACCGCCAGUCCUCGCCAAAGCUGCAGCGACGCAGAAAAGAGGAGCUGAGGCUAUCGCCGACGGCGGUGUACCCGCAGCUGCUGUGCAAGGACUUUGUGCGGUUACUUUUAGACUUUCAGCUGGACGGGCACGUGCGCUUCUUGGAGCCUUACGUAGAGAUAUUCCGGCGACACGACAGAGACCAGAACGGCAUUGUGAACGGCUUCGAGUUCGCCUCCAUCGUGCGUGAGCUAGACCCAAGCAAGUCAGAGGAGGCGGUAAAGUCCAUGGUGGGGGAGAUCGAUCCACACGGAAGUCAACUGAUCACCUUCUCGGAUAGCAUUGCCUUCCUGAAUGACGAACUGCUCAAGCUGUUCUCCUCCCAUCACGAUACGCAGUAG